CGAAUAUUGACAGCACGGCAGACAGACAGUGGCGCGGUGGUCGACGCAGCGUCUACCAGACUAUUUUUUAUUUUGAUAGUGAAUCAUUUUGUGAUUUGAUUAUUUUAUUUCAUAUGAUUGCUGUUGUUUACUAAACAGUAAUAUCUUCAAACGUUGUAAUAGAACGCAUUCAAAGAUAACGUAUCGUUAAUUUUCAGUGCUAACCUUCUUUUUUUACUUAGUGUUAUUGAGAUGCAAGACGUGAUCGAUAUGUGCAAGAUGUACAGAUGACUCUGCUAUUAUUUUCUUGAUCCUGUUUUUUUUCUGAUGCGGUGGCGUGGAUAAUUCAUCAGGGAUGCAGGGCGGCGCGCCUGCUUCUGACGCUGAGCAAGCGCAGUUUGAGGCUGAUAAGCGCGCUGUCUACAAGCAUCCACUGUUCCCCCUCCUAGCUCUAUUACUAGAGAGAUGUGAGCAGGCCACUGCGGGGGCAGAGGCCCCAGCGGCUGACGCUUUUGGAGCUGAUCUGCAGGCCUUCGUUCAGCAUCAGAGGAGGGAUAGGCGGCCUUUCCUCGUCGAUGACCCUGAGAUCGAUGGGCUCAUGAUUAAGAGCAUACAGGUGUUAAGGAUUCACCUGCUAGAGCUGGAAAAGGUGCAAGAGUUAUGUCGAGACUUCUGCGGACGGUACAUCGCUUGCCUCAAAACCAAGAUGCAGAGUGAAAAUCUCCUGCGCACAGAUUAUUCUGGAGGUGGCGUGGAGAGCAAUAAUAAUUUGUCCGGUACAAUUGAUGAUCAUUCGAGCACAUCGAAUUCACCACAGUAUCAGUCUCCCCCCGCCGCGCCGUUACCAGCCCCAGUGUAUCCAGUUUACCCUCCCCCCCACACGGAGUUACCCUUCCCCCCUCAUAGGGAUCCACCGUCUCUAGUAGUCCAAGGUUCGACGCCAAUAAGUCAAAUCGGCGCCGGAUUGAUCUCAAAUGAUUCAUUUACUGGUGCAAACUCAAACAACUCGUGCUCGUCCGUGUCGGGCUCUCCCCCACCCGAGGAGGAGGGGGAGGAAGGGGGCAAGAGGGGGGUGCUCCCCAGGCAUGCCACGCAGGUUAUGCGCGCUUGGCUGUUUCAACACCUUGUGCAUCCGUACCCAACCGAAGAAGAGAAGCGUACGUUGGCUGCCCAAACGCGGCUCACGCUGUUACAAGUUAACAAUUGGUUCAUCAACGCGCGUCGACGUAUACUGCAACCCAUGUUGGACUGUUCCGAUAAACCAGGUGGUAAAAAAAGCAAAAACGGCUCGUCGAUAAGCAAAAGGUAUUGGCCAGAUGCGCUCACAAAUCCACAGUUCACUGCUGGUCUCCUCUCAUCAUCAGAGGAUGAAGAGCAGGAAGGUGAUCAGUCUGGUGAUGAGCAGGAGCCGGUGAACGAACAGACUAAUGAACAUUAUCCGCCAUUACAGCAGACUAUGCACUAAGGGCAAUAAAUGACAGUGAACGUCAAAAAAGACAUACUGUGUAUACCAUAGAUUAUAAGUUAGAACCAUGUAUACGUACGCCAUACCUCACUAUUUUAAUAUGUUUGUAUGUACUUAUAUUUUAAAUGGACGUUUUAAAACAUUUGAGGCUAGCUACAAAGUGUUAUUGUCACGAGUUUUGAUAAAAUUAGAUUUUGUGGUGUUAACGGAAAAAAUCGGUUUCAAAACUGCGUAAAUUAAAAUGUCCAUUUAACCGUUGAUUAUUUUAAUCAGUUAUAUGGCAACACCAGACACUUGGCAUUCAUCCUCUUCACUUCACUCAGUCAUAAAUCACAAUUUGUAUGCAAAUGACACAUUACAUUGAACAAGGAAACGAUUAUAUUUGUAAAUUGUCAACGGAAAAGUCUUAGUCACCCAUUUUUUUUAUUUAUUUUUUAUUAAUUUAUUUAUUAGCCAGUCACCCAUUUAAUAGCUGGUGUUGCCAUGCAAAAUACACCCAGUGUUUCAUUGCGUUGAUUCAAUCAUGCUUUGUAUCAUGUAUCGUCAAUUUUUACACCGGUUGUGAGUAAUAGUUUUAGUUUUCUUCCACGAUUUCGACUGAAACAUGUAAUAGUGAUAAAUUAUAUUUUUUACCACAGAACUAGACAAUACCGUCCAUAGACAAAUCGUAUUUAUUUGUACAAAUAAGUUUUUAUAUACUCAUAAUUCUUUUUAGUUACGAGCCAUACUAGGAUAUACGAGUAAUUAUACGAAAUGCAAAUGUAUACCCAUUAAACUGUAUACGUUAAAAUAUCGACAAAAUUUUAAAUUUAGAAUUAAAUUUUAAAGUCAUGACAGUAUUCGAUAGGUUAUCAACGUAGGCAUAGAGGAUAGAAUGACACAAAAUUCGAAAUUCGAAAUUCAAAAUCAAUAUCAAAGGUAUAUUUAGUAGGUACGAUAAAUAUUUUGAAGAAAGGGUUCUACUUAGCUGUACUGAUCACUUAAAGAAUGUGACUAAUCUGCCAACCAUUUUAAAUCGGAACGAUAUUUUUCUUUAAUAUUAUUUUUGUAAUAUAGUUAAUUCUGACUAGUCCAGUGUUUUCAAACCUUAUUCAUUCUAAAAUUCUUAUGCAAGUUUUAUAUUAAAAAAAUGAAUUUUUUACUUAAGAAAUUUAAAUAAGGAAUUAGGAAGAAAUCUCUAGGAAAUUGUUAGCGAAAGUGAUUUUUUAAAACAUACAACAAACAUUAUUUUAGUGAAAUCCUUGCGCUAGAUAGUUUACAGAGAUGUUUUAUUAAGUUCCAAUUUGGUUAGCUUCAGUCUUGAGUCCACUUUGUGUUAUAUUCAGCUGAUUUUGAUUGCCCCACGUUGGGAAACACUGAUCUAGUCCAAUGAUCUACCCUCUUUUAAACAAUUAUCUCACAGAGACUUGACAAUGUCAUAAUACUAUUCUCUAUUUCCAUGUUCAACAAAACAGCGAUUUCAAGUAUUUUAGAAUAUAAUUAAAAUUAUAAAUAGGACCGCGUCGCGAAAUUUUAAUACUGUGGUUGAAGCAAUAAUUUUUUUCAAUGCCACAUAUGUAUACGGAAUUAGUUAUCUUCAAUAAGCUUUGAUCUUCCAUUAUUUUAAAAAUUAGCGUAAGAGAGAUAUUUUGUUAUAUGAUUAGAGCGUUCGCAUAUUUGCAACCCGCUGUUUGUACGAAUACAACUAAACUACACACAUCUCACUGAUGUCUCUUUUUAAUACAGGAUAAAUACGAUUUGACAGAAAGAGACAAAUAUAGGUGUAUAAGAACCGUAUUACGCCUUGACCACCCUAAAAUUACUAGGCCCUGAGUCUACUGUUUUAAUUGACUAUUUACACAAAACAUCCACUGGCUGCCACACAAUAAUAUCUAACUUAAUAAAAGUGGUUUAGUAAUUAUUAAAUUUGUUUAAUUACGAAUACUAAUCGAGUCACUCAGUCCUGUACAUGUUAUAUUUGCGUACAAUUUAAAUAGUAAACUCUGGGCUUCAGGUAAAUCUUUUAAAAGAUAUUGUUUUAAAAAAUGGGUUUUAAAUCGAAAAAAAUUAAGGUGAUAUUUGGGUUCGUGUACACGUGUACGCAUUGCGUACUUAGUAACGUAUACGCUCGUCUGCAAGGCUAGAACAUUAGGUGAUGAGUUUUAUAUUAAAAAACGAGCGGUUAUCGUCAAAGUUAUAAAUAUGCGAACGUUUGCUUAUUGGAAUUGGUUAAACGUGAUUUAAGCUGUGACUCUUUUUAGUGUGUAAGCUUAACUGACAUUUGUACUAAAUUAAAGUCUUAUGCUGAGUUGUGAGGGAAUAAAAAACGGAUAAAAAAAGUGGGUUCUAUGUACGGGAGAUGAGAAAAAUAUCAUGGUGAAUGCAGAUGCCUGAAGCUUCGUUUAAGUUUGAAGCUUUCAUGUGCAAUGACUUUUCGGUGCCAUUUCUUUUGCAAUUGUUUUCGUUAUAUUCUUUGAUGCGUUUUGUAAAUAUAAAUUUGUCUAAAUUAUUCUUGAAUGUUAUUAAUACAUUCAAACGUAUUAUUUGUCUUAAAAUGUUAGGAUGAUUUAUAUACCUUAGAUAUAGAGAAGGCACCAUAGACUGUGUAUAGUUUGACGUAUACACACAAAUUUACGCACGUAAAUGAGACUUAGAAACGCUAUUUUUCCUAAGUAUCCAGUAUCAUAGCCGAGAGCAUGUUUGAAAUAAAUUAAAGUUUAUGUUCUAUUGCUUGAAGUAUUUUGUUGCAGAUUAAGUUAAAAAACGGUUGUCUGUAAAGUUUACGGACGAUAGUUUAACGUGACAACGUCAUAACAAAACUUUGAUGAAAUGCUAUAUACUUAUAUGAAAAAUUUAAUCAUUUUAUUGUAUUAUCACUAUUUUGUAUGAUACAUGCAUAAGCCAAUCGUGUGGAAGAGAGAUAGAUGCGGCGUACGCGUACAAUGAACGUAACGGGACAAUGAGUCUUUCGUGCGUACAGUCGGCGUUCAUCUAUUGUCACAUACGUUGUCACGUCAAAAAGUCAUCGAAUUCAAACGUCAUCAUCAUAUAAUGCCUCAAUAAUCUUCUCUAUGUCUGUGGUCUAUGCUAUUAAACCACAGGUUAUUGUUUAAAAAUCUUAGAUGAUAAUGUAAUCUGUUAUACGAAACAACGGAUAUACGUAAAAAAUUGUGAGAUAAAAUUUUUUAUAAACUUUUAAUUCGAUUGUACCUAUCUAUAGUAUAUAUAAAAAAUGUAUUUUUAAACUAUUUUAAUCAAUAAUGUUUUAUUCUAAGAAAAGUCCGAUCUAGUAUACUGUAGGUUAAUGCUUCUUUAGACAUUUUAUAGUUUUUUCAAACUUUAACAACUUUUGUAUAACAUGUAAAAAGUUUUCUUUAAACCAUUUAAAAGUUUUUUUUUUAGUUUCAAUCGAGUUGUUAUAAGUUUGAUUAAACUAAAUUAGGCUCAGUGAUAUUUAUAGGUGAAUCAUAAUACUAUCAGAUAUCGAUUAUUUAAAAUGCUAAUUUUAUUUGUAGUUGGUUUUUUAAUGAAAUAUAUCUUCUGACAAUACGAAGUUGAAUUAAAAAAAUAAGUUGCAAGUCAUUUCGAUUCCCGUCGAAACAAUAACUUUUUCGGGUACCGAGUAAAAGUAAAAGCAAUAAAAACAAUUUAUAAUCAAUCAAUAUUUGUAUAGUAUUGUGAUUGUCUAUGGCUAGAGUAAAAGUUGAUUAAUGUAUAAAUAUCGCAUAAUGUUUUACUAGUCAAUAACGCUAUGUACUUUUGUACUUCUAUGAAAUGCCUAAAUUGUAAGAUUUGUCAGAAUUGCCGAUGAAAAUGUCGUUAAUAAUUUAAAAAUUACACCAAUUUUGACAAAUCCUAUGUACUGUACAGUUUGCUGAAAAUAUAAUCGUUUUCGCAUGCCUA